AUGGAUCCCAUUGAGAAGCUUGCCCAUCUUUGUCUUGUAUCAAAAAUAUGCCGUGAGCUGGAAAAUCAUAUCGGGAUUUCGGACAAAAUAUUGGCAGAGUUCAUCAUUGAUCUACACAGCAAAACAACAACUUUGGACGAAUUUAAGGCAAGCCUGGAGUCAACUGGAGCCGAAUCCACGUUUACAAAACCAUUUAUUGAAAUUUUGGAUGUGCAACUACGAAAUGCUUCGGCACAAAGAAAAAAGCUCGCCGAUUUGAUGGCAUCAACCGUUCACAAUAGCUUGGAUGUUGAAGUGAUUGGGAAAUUUUCUUCUCUAUCUCUUCCCAAUUCCUCCGGCGGACAGGGGAGGGAUUAUUUUGAGGAAUCAAAUAUCUCGCUCUUCUGUGAGCCAUCCUCCAGAUCAUCAUCCUUUUCGAGAUCUAAAGAUGAACCACCUUAUUCACGGGACAGGUCAAGGAAAGAUGUUAAGCCCAUCUCAAGACCCUCAAAAAGAUUGUCCUCGCCUGAACGUUUUGAGCUGAAACAGCUAAUUUCUGCGGGGGUUUUGCCGCCAUCUGCGCUUCCGAAUGAAGUGGGAAUGGAUGAUUCAUCAUUUGGGUCCGAUUCGGCCGAUGGUGUUGAACAAGCUUAUGAGAUCGAAUUAUGCGAAGAGGAGCCUUCUUUUCUGAAAGGCCAGACAUCCAUGACACUAGAUCUUUCUCCCAUUCGAAUAGCGCAGGUUCCGGACGGUUCCCUUGCUCGAUCUGCCCAAACAGCAGCCAUGCUUGCAAAGGAAAGAAGAGAAUUUAAAAGAGAAUCGAAUUCCUCGACCCCUUCCAAUUCAGAAGGCUCCAAAGAAGUUCCGGAAUGGAAAAAGAUUUCAAUGGGUGGUGAUAAUCCUAAAUUUGGACCGCCAUCGGAAGGCUCAACUAUUGAAAAGCAGCGCAGAUCGCUUCCGAUUUACCAAUUAAAAAGCUCUCUUUUAAAGGCAGUUGCGGAGAACGAAAUUUUGGUUGUUAUUGGAGACACGGGCUCCGGAAAAACAACACAAUUAACUCAAUACCUUUUAGAGUCUGGACUUUAUACAGACUCGCCCCGAAAUUUGUCUGGUAAAAGUCAAAAUCCUGAUAUUUUGAGAAGAAUUGGCUGCACCCAGCCAAGGCGUGUUGCAGCAACGUCAGUUGCCAAGCGAGUUGCAGAAGAAGUUGGUACACGCCUUGGUUGUCUUGUUGGCUAUACAAUCCGGUUUGAAGACUGCUCUUCCGAGGAAACCAUCAUCAAAUACAUGACUGAUGGUAUGCUUCUUCGAGAGGCGCUUUUGGAUCCGCUUCUUUCAACAUAUUCGGUUAUAAUACUAGAUGAGGCUCACGAGCGGACCGUUCAUACGGAUGUUUUGUUUGGAUUGCUAAGAGAAACCGUAAAGGCUCGUCGAAACCUUUCGCUUCAAGCCAAAAAUGAAAGCGAAAGAACCCCUCCACCUCUUAAGUUGAUUGUGACAUCUGCUACUCUUGACUCGGAAAAGUUUUGCUCGUAUUUUGGAGAUUGCCCAAUGUUCAGCAUUCCUGGAAGGACUUUUCCCGUUGAGGUUUUGUAUUCAAGGGCUCCAGAGCCUGACUAUAUGGAUGCAGCCCUUGUCACACUUCUUCAAAUUCAUUUAAGCGAACCCCCGGGCGAUAUUCUUCUGUUUCUCACGGGACAGGAAGAGAUAGACACUGCCUGCGAGAUUUUGUAUGAAAGAACAAAAUCUCUUGGUCCAUCUGUUCCGGAACUCAUUAUUUUGCCUGUUUAUUCUUCGUUACCAUCCGAAAUUCAAAGCCGCAUUUUCGAGCCCGCACCAAUUGGGGCGCGCAAGGCUGUCAUUGCGACAAAUAUUGCAGAAACUUCGGUUACUAUUGAUGGCAUUACAUAUGUCGUUGACCCAGGUAUGGUUAAACAAAAGGUUUUCAAUCCGAAACUCGGAAUGGAUUCGUUGGUAAUUUCUCCCAUAUCUCAAGCCCAAGCGCGACAGAGAGCAGGACGUGCAGGACGUACAGGACCUGGAAAAUGCUACAGGCUAUACACGGAAAAGGCGUUCACCGAAGAGAUGCUUCCUUCAACGGUGCCAGAAAUCCAGAGGACCAAUCUUUCUAAUACCGUUUUAACUCUCAAAGCUAUGGGAAUCAACGAUCUGAUUAAUUUUGGAUUUAUGGAUCCGCCUCCCUUGGCCACGCUUACUGCUGCACUUCAGUUUUUAUUUGACAUUGGGGCACUUGAUUCUGAGGGGUUCCUUACAAAGCUAGGCCGCAAGAUGGCAGAAUAUCCUCUAGAGCCGCCUUUAGCGAAGCUACUUAUAAAAGCCGUCGAACGCGGUUGCCCUCAAGAAGGGCUAACAAUUGUGGCAAUGUUAUCGGUCCAGAACACCAUUUUUUACAGGCCCAAAGAAAAGGCUGCCACGGCUGAUGCCAGAAAAGCCUCGUUUCAUCGGCCAGAGGGGGAUCACAUCACAUUACUUGAAGUUUUCAAUUCUUGGAAGGGUGCUGGAUUUUCUUCUGAUUGGUGUCGAUUCAAUUACAUCAAUCCAAGGGCAAUGAAAAGAUCCCUUGAUAUCAGGAAGCAGCUUCAAAGACUCGUAGAUCGGGAUGUUGCCAUUGCGUCGAGAAGAUACCCAGAAUAUCUUGGCGAGAUAAAACAAAGAGACUCGUCCGUUCAAAUCAAAGAGGCUUGCAAGGCAAUUGCUGCGGGCUUUUUCACACACGUCGCACGUCGAGAUGCUCAUGAAGGAGGCUACAAGACACUUGUUGAGGGACAACCCGUCUUCAUACAUCCCUCCUCAUCUCUGAUUAACAGAUCCCCAGAAUGGGUCAUCUACCACGAGCUAGUUUUCACCACAAAAGAGUAUAUGCGGGAGGUGAUGGCAGUCGAUCCACGAUGGCUUGUAGAAGUGGCACCUACCUUUUUUAAAUGCACAGAUCCGAAAAAACUUUCUCGUCGACAGAAAGAAGAAAAGAUAUCCCCUCUUUACUCGAGAUUCGAAAAACCGGACGAAUGGAGAGUGUCUAAAAGGCAAAAGGCCCCGGCAAAGCCAUCCCAACUGUUUGGAAGCAAUUAA